UUGCUUGAGUUGAGCUGAGCAGUAAGAUAAUUGGGUUAUAAAAAGCCAGAUAUAUUGUAAGUUAUCUUCUUGACUCUGUCAUGUCUAUAAAUCCUCACAAUUUAUUCGUUUGAAUAUAGCUUACAUCGACUGAAAAUCAGUCAGUUUAAUUUCACUCAUAAGCUGCUCAGAGUGUCUUAUUUUUAGAGAGCUUUCGUUUUUCUCUAAAACCGUAACCAGGCUUCCGCUGCUCCAGAUGGCAGUUGUAUUAAACAAUAUGGUGUGUGAUGCAAGCACAAAGCCCCACGUGCCCAUACUACUGUAUGUUCAGGCAACUUUGCUGGUCUUCCAUGUACUAAACUAACAACCAUAGCUGAAAAAGUGUAUAAUUCAAUGCUAUAAAUGAUCACCAUGGAUUAGCAUGUACAGUGGUAUAUGUAAUAUCUCUCUUCUUCAUUGUUUUCUGUUUCUGUUUCUCUCUCUUCCUUUUCUCUACCUACUGUCUUGGGUUUGUGGUAGCAUGCUUUGCAACUGCAGGAAGUUCAGAUCUGCAUUUUGCUCAUCGAGAUGGAGAAAACAACCAAGCUGCCCUCUACCCCAUCCCUGAAUGGAAAGGGAUCUCCAUGGGGCCACCACUGACCUGGAGGUGGUGAACUAUUCUCAACACAGCAGUGACACUGACAGGAUAGUGUGUGUGUGGCACUGGUACAAGUGUAUCAAGCAGAGCAGCUUUUUAAACAGUCCUUACUAGGGAUUUUACCAGAUAACAAGUAUUACAAUUUCCCUUCACUGGAAUUAAGGGGCCCGAACCUGUCCCAGCAUGUUUAUGCCCCUGUGCACAAAGUAUUCUUCAUGUAGACAUGGUUUGCCAAAGCUGCUGAGGAAGAAUUUUAUUGGUCUACACGGAGCCCUGCCCUCAACCCUACUGAGCACCUUUGGGAUGAACUGGCACACUGACAACACCCCAAGCAUCUGCACCUGACAUCAGUACCUGACCUCACAAAUGUUCUUGUGGCUGAAUGGGCAAAUCCCUACAGAUACAAAGGGGGACUAAAUCUGGAACGGGAUGUUCAACAAGCACAUGACUUUGGAUGGUAGGACAAUCUGAAAAAAGUCAGUUGCAGAAAGAGGCAGAGAGCCACAAGAACAGCUAAUGAAACCUGGAGAACACAACACGACAUUCUGUGGAAGAAAAAGGAGCAAAGAAACAUACUCAGGCUGAAGAUUUUCCUGGACAGCUAACUUCCAACAUAUGGAGAUAUAAAUAAGGGAGUACUAAGGAAGCUGGCUUUUUUAAAUGGUCUGUAUUUGCUGUUUACGGUUUGUACUUUGCUGGACAUUUUAUCACUUUUACCUGAACAUUACGCCAGUGCUAAAAAGCCACACCUGCACCCUGACAAACAAAUCUUUGUUUUGUUUAUGGAUUACUUAAAAAGAAUGCCACGUCGACACUUGGAAACCCUUGAUCACACUGUGCGGAUUGAAUUACAUAGCUGACGACCUACCCACAUUCGGUAUGGACAUUUACAAAACUAUUUAUGUGAUAAAAAUAUGGAACUUGAGCAUGAAACCAAGUACUAAAAAGAACUUCAAAUAUUUCCUCACAAUCACACUGUAAUGCAUGUGUUGUUACUCACUGUAGAAAAUGGAUAUCUCUGUUGGAUCUACUCAUGUGCCUGAAUACUCUGCCUAUCAAUCAGAAUCUGCCCCGAGAGAUGGAAAUCGAGAAUCUUCAAAAUGUUCUGAAGAGCAAAACCAAAGUCAGUCACACGCAGUCCCAGCACAGUCUGCUGCUAGGUUCAAAAUCCGCUCUGCUAAGGAGAGACAGCAGUCGCUCACCAAAGCUAGUAGUUUUACGUCUACAUGUGAGACACAAAAAGCAAGCAGAAGCGUCAGAGAGUGUAGAGAAGAGAUGCCCAGAGUCCACACUCUUCCACCUCCAUCUCCAGAUACUGAUAUGAUUGACAAAAGAAGACCAAAACUUCUGAAUCAGCUCAGCUUCACAAAAAAAGCAGAAAUGUCCAUCAGCUCUGAAACGAGCAGUACCUCUCAACAGAAGCCAGAUUGUGUUGAGAGUCCCAGCACUAAAGUGAGGGGAAGAACAGAGUGGAGACAAGCAUAUGUGGCCAACAGAAGUAAGAGCUUAGACUGGAGAGGAUCAACAAAUGAAGGAGGACAAAAGAAUCAGAUGGAAGUUAUCAGAAAUACUAAGGACCUUGAGGGGAGAUCCAUACAACGCUCUGAGAGUUUAGUGGCAAAUGAAGCAGCCAAUAGACCAAACUCUAAUGAAAUGGCCCGCCCAUUAAAGAGAGUAUCAUUACAAAUGCAACCAUUCAAAGGAACUGGUCAAAGAAAGCAGGACAGCAAUGGACUUAUUGCCUCAGCAGUAUCUGGAACUUCACCUGUAAGAACGGUGGCUCUUGCCCAGUCGUUCCCAUCCAGACUAAAAGCAAGUCAAAGCCAGGACAGCACAGAGGGAAGAAAAGGUCCCUGGCAUACUGUACAUAGUGGUACCAAGCCAGAUCAGGCAGAGCACCAUCUCAGAUCUCCAGUCACUGCAUCGAAGGUCAAUGAGAUCACUGGGAACCACAGUGUAAUGGGCAGAGAUGGUCAUAAUGUAUUAGAGGAUAAUAGUGAAGCAAGUUCAAGAGUUAUCACCUCUGCCACUUUUUCCAGUGUCCAUGAUACUGAUUCAAAUUUAAAUCGCAAUAAUCCCACUAACAGGUCAUUGGAUGAACCCCCAUCCAUUUCUUCUUUCAGUAAAAUGAAGACAGUUUCAUAUAAACCAGAAAAGUGUGGUACCUUUCCAAAAACAACCUUCAAAAAGGAACAAAUGAACUUUACUACCUUGCCAGACACUUCAUUUGUUUUACCCAGUGGAAAAGAUAACUUGGUUACAAUGUUAACACGGUCUAAAGAGAAACCCCUUAGCCAAGAUUCGAUAUCUUUGGUCACUAACAAUAGCAUGUACAACGAGAGAAGACUGACUGGGCACUCUACAGGACUAGGAACUCAUUCUUUAGGCAGAUCAAGAACCAGACAUUUUACAGCUCCAAUUUCAUAUUCAGCCUACGGGCUGAGCAAUAGCAAUAAUAUCCAAAAAAGCACUGUGAAAGAAAUAGAGAGUCAAGUAGAAACAAUGACUAGUAAUUCAAAACAGACAAAAGGCAUGGAGACAAUUCCAGGAAAACAACCACAUAGCUCACAGGAAGGAGUAAUUCUGCAGACCAAACCUCAAUCAUCCCAAACUAUGACAGCAGACAGUGAAAAACAUCAUCAAGAACAUGGGGUUGGUUUGGAGUGCGGCUCCUCUGGAAAUCCAAGCAAGAAGAGCGAGGCCUUGUUAGAGAAUGUCCAAGAACCAUCCUUGGUUUCAGUGCGAAACACAAUUCACAAAUUUGAGGCGCUUGCUCUGCAAAGCCAGAGUUCAUCACGGAUUCAGUAUCCCAGAAGGGCUUUUUCAGUUACAGAAAAGCCAACAGUGGUGGCCAGUGUGACUAAGACAUAUUCACAAAGGUCAUUAGGUAUAAGGUUGGAUAACUGGAAUAGAGAAUGCUUGAGAGAGAAUCUUUUCAGUACGAGCGAAGUCAGCAAUGAGCCACUGAAUAUGCAUGAUCUAAGUGGGCCUGUCCAGAUCACAACACAAGAUAAAGAAGGGUCAGCAGUGAAAACCCAAAGUAGAGGAACUAAAAGUCAGGAGCCUGGAGUUGUGCAGACUUUCAAACUACCGGAUGAAUCUCCAUCUGACCAGAAGAAUGAGGCUAAGUUUACUAUGAUGAAUAAAGACACGGAUGAGCCAGAUUUCUCCAAAGGCAGUAAUCCUAAAUCUUUUCAAAAGCUUAAAAACAUUAAUUUAACUGAAGAAAAAGUUAGGAAUUAUGUCAGUUCUGCAAUGUCCCACAACUUCCAGAAGCCGAAUGGGAUCACUAAUGUAUCCCGCUCUGAUCUUAAGGACUUCUCUCCAAAAUCAGAGAGCAAAUCUUCAUCUACCAAAGACAAAGCAUUUCUAAUGUCAGAAAGCACCCCUGUGUUACCACAUUCAGAUUCAUCUACCGCAGUAAAGUCAACACUGUUAACAGGCAACAGUGCUUAUUCUAAAUCACCAUCCAAUCUCCUGAGUGACUCAGUAGUAAUCCCUCCUAUCCAAGUCUUCUCUUCAGCGUCAGGUGAUCUCAGCAACACAAUAAAAGAUGAAAAAGUAGCUGCAAAAGUUAUUAGGUGGAUUAUGCAUAAAGGGGUUGAUGAUGAGAAUGGCGAAGACGACGACGACGACGAUGAAGACGACGAGGGAACAGAGAGAGGAUAUGACUCUGACUCAGGGGAAUCAUCAGUAACCAUCACAAGCAACAUGAGCAGUAGAAGUUUUUCUAUGAGCCUUGUUGAGCUGCGCAGUCUCGGUGGGCUGGAGGACGAGAACUGGAUGUCCAAGCGUACAUUGUCCAUGAGCUCAGACGUUUCUGCCCUGUCCUCUGUGACACUGCUAGACAUGGAUGAGCUGGAGUGCUUAUUGAAUGAUGUCAGGGGUUUGGAUGAUGAUGAUGCCUUAGAGGACUAUGAGGAUAUGCAUGUGGUUGUCCUACAUAAGGAGGCAGGAAUUGGACUUGGCUUCACUGUGGCUGGAGGAGUGGAUCAAAAUAAACCUAUGACUGUUCACAGGGUGCUACGCAGUGGUAUAGCAGCCCAGGAGGGCUCCAUCCGUGUAGGUGACCAGGUGUUGUCUAUUAAUGGCACUGCUUUACAUAACUCCACCCACAAGGAGGCGCUGAACACUAUGAGAAAAGCAAGGGGGCGCCCCAUGGCAGUGGUUGUCAUCAGACGAGGUGAUGUCACUGAAACAUGCUAUAGCACCAAAGACAGUCCACAGAAAGCAGCUGCGAACCCAGGUAGCAGAGUGCGAGUGACUUUAAAUAAGUCCAGCUCUGAUCUGGGCUUCAGUCUGGAGGGAGGAGUGGGCUCCAUCUUAGGAGACAAACCCCUCACUGUUCAGAGGCUCUUUCAGGGUGGACCAGUUGGAAAGGUUUUCCCGGGAGAUGAACUGUUGGAGAUUGAAGGUCAGCGUUUGGAGGGUUUGAGACGGCUCGAGGUCUGGCACCUGAUCAAGAGGUUGCCCCCUGGCCCUGUGGAGGUCUUACUGCAACGUCCUCACCAGUUAUACUGACAGCAUCUCCUUUGUCACCACUUCAAAUAUAGACUUAAGUGCUGUAUUCAGAGUUGAGUUAAGUGUGCAGAGUUAUGAGUUAAUAACAGAAUUGCACACACUAGUAUUCAGACCUCAGAAUUACCUUCAGACUUAAGUGCUACUCGGACAGUGAGUGAGCAUGGUUGCCAAAAACAAAGGCAUGUCAAAGUUGUUCA